AAAAAAAAUCACUGUCAAAAUCACCAUUAUCUAAUAUGACGAACACGCAUGACUUUUCCCGCGAUCCCAACAAUGUCCAAGCCUGGCUUGUUGGUAGCGGUAUUGCUUCGCUCACUGCAGCAGUGCACCUGAUCAGGGAAGCCAAAGUCCCCGGGCCCAAUGUCCAUCUCAUAGAUACGCACAAGGGAACCGGCGGAGGGAUGAGCAUGCAGGGAACCGAAGACAGCGGUUAUUUCCUCCCUUAUGAAUGCACACCGCACUUUCAUGGCAGCUGUGUCGAGCGGCUCUUAGCACUAAUACCGAGCCCAGAAAACUCUGAAAAAUCUAUCUUGCAGGCUGUUCACGAUAGGGAGGCCGGUGGCCGCUCGACAGUGGCGGCAAAUGUGACUAGGACCUACGACUAUGGCUACAUAUACCCGUUCGAAGCCAGCACUAAUCGCCAUGGAAACCUUGCUGAAGGUCUAUUUGUGGCUGGAGGCAUUGGCGGUUCCUCAAAAGAUCCCAGGAAGCAUCAUACUCUGCCGGCAAGGUUCGUCACCAAAGGCCUCUCAGGGCCGGAGGUGUCUCAUCACAAGGGCGUUCAGAUUGGGAUAACUCAGCGGAUGGCACUUGUUGGGUUUUUGCUAGAACACGAGAGUGCAAUAGAUAGCAAAAGCAUCAAGGAUAUUUUUGAUGCAGCGUUUUUCGAAACUGAGUUCUGGAUGCUCUGGUCGACGACAUUUGGGCUUCACACUUGGCAUAGUGCGGUUGAAUUUCAGCGUCAUCUUCGCAAAUACCUUGGCGAUUUGCGAUCUCUCGACAGGAUACGGGAGCAGCAACGGACUGACUAUAACCUGGUUGAGUCUGUUGUUCAGCCGCUGACAGCCUUUCUCAAGCAACAAGGUGUUGACUUUCGCUUUCACCAGCAAGUAUCAGAUCUUAAGGCCUAUCCUGAAGGCGGACCCACCACGAUUUCUGAAAUUGAGGUUAUGACAGAAGCCGGAAAUCAGGAACUCAUCACGCUUGAUCCGCAAGAUAUCCUUAUUGUAACUCUUGGUUCAACUACUUCAGGGGCUGCCAUGGGGUCAGAUACCACGCCGCCUGAAGGGCUCACUUCCAACUGGGAAGAGGUGCUGGAUGGCGACUGGAAGCUCUGGGAGAAACUGGCCCAGAAGUCCUCCAAAUUCGGCAACCCUAUGAACUUUUUGCCUCGUAUUCCAGAGUCGACCGUCGAAACCUUCACAACAACAUUCACAGGCCCUGGUUUUGCCAACAUCUACGAGAGGCUUACUCAGGAGAAGCCAGGAACAGGGGCCUUCCUCUCCCUAAGCGGAAGCAACUGGGGUGUGACGAUCAGCGUUCCGCAUCAACCCGUCUUCUCGACUCAGUCCGAAAAUGUGACCAUAAUGCUGGGAUAUGCACUGAAUCCCGGCGUCGAGGGCAAUUUUGUCAAAAGAGAAAUGUGGCAAUGCACGGGGCAAGAGAUUUUAAAGGAGGUUCUCUUCCAUCUUGGCUGUUGCAGUGAGGAUUCCACCGAAGCUACCACCAUCCUCGCUGAAGCCAGAACCAUCCCAUGCGGCCUGCCGCUGGGCACAGCUCCUCUUCUUACCCGCAGCUGCAAUGACCGUCCCCCUGUCAUUCCGAGGUGGACGACGAACAUUGGCUGCGUGGGUCAGUUUGUCGAGAUUCCCGCAGAUUCCACAUUGGAUAUCGAGUACAGCGUGCAUAGUGCACAGAUUGCUGUUGCUGAGUUGAUGGGUCUGCCGCUUGCACCAGCGAAGCCGCUCAAGAGUUUACUAAUGGAGGUUUUGAAUGUCUUGAUAUGAGGAUGAUCCAAGUCGAGUGUUGGGACUUUUUCUGUUGCUUUUUUGGCCCGGCUCUAUCUAUAUCCCUUUUCUCUUUCCGGUCCGUAACUCGUAGUGUUAGCUCGUUCAGCUCUUCUUUCCGCAUGCUUUCUUGGUUUAACUAGCACUAGUCAUCCGCUAUUGCUGGAUGAGGAUUCACAAAGUGCGUAUAUUUG